AUGAUAUGGUACACCAAACGACUCCCCUUGUUCACCUACAUGGCUCAUCACGUGGUGGUCAUAACAGGAAGCAUUACGAUCUUGGUGUUCCAUCUCGGGGCAUUCUUUGCACAUGUGAAACUCCUCACGGAACUCUCCACUCCGCUGUUGAAUUUGAGAUGGUUCGUCCGCCAAGUGGGAUACCCUGUGAAACAUCCACUGUUUGCUGUGAUCACUCUACUCAUGACAGUCAGCUUCAUUUCAGUGCGAAUAAUCAGCUCUCCACCAUUCUGGAUCCUUAUUCAUCGUAGUCUGAAUGAACUUCAAUCACUGGAUGCUAAAAAUCGUGCAGAAGCUUAUCGUGUACCGUUCUAUUUCAUGUGUUUUAUGUUGGAUUUGCUUAACCUAUUCUGGUCUGUUCAUCUCGGGUUGCGAUGUCGAUCAUCCGUUAGAGAUCUACUAGAUCACUAUCGAUCCUCGAAAAAUAAAAAGAAGCAUGACGAAUUGUGUCAAGCGAACCAGGAGAUUGCGCCUGCUUCAUACUGA